AUGGAACAGCACGUUCAGGAAAUGCUCGAUCUAGGGCACCACUCUGCACAAGCGCCAUACUCGACAAACGCAGCGCCAUUUCCCAACAACACUACAAUCAAGGCAUACAUAGUCCGCGAGAUCAGCGCGCGCGUCGACUCAAAACUCGGUGCAAUCGUCGACACUGCGAUCAUGGCGCGCAUGAACCAUCCCGAAGCCUCCCAGAAGACCGAACAAACUAAAAUCAACACUCUUCAGACCAGCCGUAACUACGAUCGCCGGAUUCUCAACGACCUGGAUUCUCUCCACCGGCAUGAGCGUACCCUGAACACUGCGCUGGUGGGGCGGCUCUUUCAAACUACGUCGCUGGAAGGUGAUCCGGACGCGAGGUUCAACGAAACGACCUUCGACCUGCAAAGCACGGACAGUGUGAACUCGGUGCUGGUUUCGCAUGUGGAGACGCUGGUGGUGAAGGUGCAGCGACUUGAGGCACAGGUGAAAGAGCUGCAGGAGGCGCUCAGAGGUACCUGGAGCGGCCUGAUAAGUUUCGCGUAG